AUGCUCCUCGGGCGCACCUUCCGGCCGGCCACCCGUCGGGCCUGGCAAGGGCAACAACUUUGGCGGCAGGCGCAUUUUCAGGGGGGCCGUUUUCUAUCCCAGAAACACAACCUCUCGUCGUCUUUACCCCUGUCGAUCACAACAGCUUUGCCGGGGUUUGCGACAGCUGCAACAACACAGCUUGCCCGCCGAGCACGCGUGCCGCCCGUGACAUCGCUCGUGCUCUCUGGCCGGCGCUGGGAAACCUCUACCACAGGCGAUGACAAAAGUGGCCACAUCGCCUCCUCACCCGGCGAGGGCAUCAUCUUCCUCGACAAUGUCUUCCCUCUCCGCAUUGGCAACCUCCUCGCCUGGCGGCCCUGGCGAACGUCGGCGGACUACAACGACGGCGAGAUCUCGCAGCUUCUGAAGCGGUUCACCAAAGAUCCCGACAGCAGUGCACCCGCCCCUUCCUCUCCGCCCUCGACUCCCGGCUUUAUGGUGUCUAUCGCGUCUGUGCUGGACCCCGUCAGCCUUGUCAAGCGCGCGAUCCCCGACAGUCUCGACCUGACGGUCUCCGAGAUCAUCCCCCGCCUCAAGGACGGCGGCGUCUUUGUCAAAUUUCGGCAUCCCGCAGACACCAAUCUGGAGGAGAUCGAGUCACGUCUGGCCAAGUCACUGGAAGCACACCCCGUGCGGCCAUGGUUCAACCCGCUCUGGGGCUGCAUGCGUGCCGGUCUCGUGCGCGGCGUGCCGUGGCUCGAAGACCUGGCGUCGCGCGUCCCGUCCAGCCGAGUGCGAGUCGAGUUUUGUGCGCCACCGGCAGCCUCUUCCGGCAGCGGUGGUGUCGGUGAUGCGUCGGGCAGCGCCAACCUCGAGCUAUCCCACGAGACUCUUUAUGGCCUGUUCCGGCGGUACGGCAAGAUUGCCGAAAUCAGCUCGCUGCCCUUUGACUCCAAGACCCUGCCGCGGUACGCCACCAUUGACUUUAUGCGGCUCCGGGAUGCCGUCAUGGCACGCAGCUGUCUACACGGUUUCGUUGUCAGCGGCACCACGCGCUUGCGCACAUCGUACGAGCCGCGCGCCCGCGCCCACCACAUCUGGGACUGGCUGACAUCCCACCCGCGCAUUGUGAUUCCGAUUCUGGCUGCCCUCCUGGCGACCAUUACGGUCGCCGUAUUUGACCCCAUCCGGUCGUUCUUCAUCCGCGCCCACGUGCAACACUCUUUUGCGCUGCGCGACAGCCAGCUCUGGAAGUGGCUCCAGGGUCGUACUAGUGCUUUCGUCGCGUACGCCCGUAACUCGUAUGAUACGGCUGCUGACAACAUGGGCAUCGGCAAUGGAAAGAGUCGCAAGGGACCCGGAAUGAAUGGACAGGACGCCCUCAUGACGCACCGCCGCGACCUUUUGGAUGCACUGCGCACGUGGCUUCUCGAGACGUCCGAGACGUUUAUUGUUGUCCAAGGCCCGCGUGGCUCAGGCAAGAACGAGCUCGUUGUCGACCAGGCACUCAAGGGCCGCAAGGAUGUACUCGUCAUCGACUGCAAGCCGAUUGUCGAAGCGCGCGGCGAGAGCGCCACAAUCAAGAGAAUUGCCACAGCCAUUGGCUACCGGCCCGUGUUCUCGUGGGCCAACAACCUGAGCAGUCUAGUUGAUUUGGCUGUGCAAGGCACAACGGGUGUCAAGACGGGUUUCUCCGAGACACUCGACGAACAGCUGUCCAAGAUUCUGCAGACGGCCACGUCUGCGCUGCGCGAGGUCAGCCUGGACGGGCGCCACAAGACCGAUGUCGAUGCCGACCUCAACGAGGAUGCGUAUCUGGAAGCGCACCCCGAGCGCCGGGCAGUGAUCGUGCUGGACAACUUUGGCCACCGUAACGAGGAUGCCUCAGGCCCGGUCUACGAUAAGCUCGCCGAGUGGGCGGCUACGCUGGUGCAAGGAAACAUUGCACAUGUUGUCUUCCUGACGUCGGAUACGUCGUACCCCAAGGCACUGGUCAAGGCCAUGCCUGACCGUGUGUUCCGACAGAUUGCGCUAGGUGACUUGUCGCCCGAAGUGGCCAUGAACUAUGUGCUGAGCCACCUGGCCGAGAAGGAGGAAGAGGAGGAGGAGGUCGUCGCUGCCGCGGGUGGUGCAGAGGAGCCACAACCGGAACAGCCGGAGACCCCGGCUUCCACUGCGGCGGCGGACAUUGCUAUUGACGCCAAGAAGGCUCGCGAGAAGGCACACGAAUUGGCAGCCCAGCCGAAGCAGCAAUCCAUCCUCGACAAGGUCAUUAUGCCGUUUCAGAAGUCAAAGGCAGAUGGCGACGACACCAGCAAGACGACGACCACAACUGAUGGCAGGGAUGCAGACGCUGCCCAAGGAGCGCUAGCACCACCUACAGAGAAGAAACUCACUGAGAAGGCCGUUGCCAAGGUAAAGGGCCUUACUUCGGCCAGGAAAACGAUAAGGGUCAGCGGUGAACCGAGCACUAUCAACACAGCUGCGGCCAAGGCGGCCCUAGGUGCCGAGGGUGGUGUGCCUGGCAUUAUCAGCGCCACAGCCUCGCAGUCGCAGGUCUCACCUGAACACCAAGACGUCAUCCGCGAGCUGGACGGCUGCAUCGGCGUGCUUGGUGGCCGCUUGACGGACCUCGAAUCCCUGGUCCGCCGCCUGAAGAGUGGCCAGUCGCCGAAGCGGGCCGUGUCGGAGAUUGUGGAGCAGAGCGCCUCGGAGAUCAUCAAGAUGUUCCUGUUGUCUCAGCCCAAGACGUCGUCGACGUCGAGCGGAAGUGGCUCGUCGUCCAGUGCGCCUGCUGCUGCCGCAGCUUCGUCGCCGUCGAGCCGCGCAUGGACAGCUGAGCAAGCGUGGUACCUCGUGCGCGAGAUUGGCGCCAAGGGCGGCGACAUUUGCUACAACGAUAUUUUACUGUCCGACACAUUCGCCUCCUCGAAUGCUGGCAUUGCAGCCAUUGACGCCCUGGCGGCCGCUGAGCUCGUGACGGUCAAGUCGUUCCGCGGCCGACCGCAGUCCAUAAAGGCCGGCAGCCCUGUCUACCUGGCGGCGUUCCAGUUCCUCCGCUCCGAUGCUGCCUUGGCGGCUCGUCUCGACCGUGGCGUGUUGGCGGAAAAGGCCGACACCGAGGCCAAGACGGUGGCCAAGGUCGAGCAGGAGCUGGCACUGCUGGGCACGUUGCCGAAGCAGCCGCAGCAGACGAUCGACCGGAUGACGUACUUGCUAGACAAGCUUCAGGCGUCGCAGACCAAGAUCCGGACGUACGAGGUAGAGAUGGCACGCCUUAAGAAGAUCAUGUCCGAGGCGACAUGA